AGCGCUGUGGAGGUCCGCUGUCACCAUGGGCCAGGGGUUUGGGAACCUGACGCAGAUAUGGCACGAGAUCUCCUACAGCUUGUCGCCCUUUGAGCAGUGCGCCUUCCUGAGCUAUUUCAGCAAAGGCAUCCCCAACAUUCUGCUCCGCACUCGAGAGUGCAUCCUGUGCGUGGUGCCGCCAUUUGUAGUGGUCUACCUGAUCUAUACAUGGGGAAACCAGGAGUCUGAGUGGUCCAAAAGAAAGAAUUCAGCCAUGUACAAAAAUGACAAGCGAGCGACCUGA